UUCGGCUCACCUAUUUGGAAUCAUUAUAGCACACAAGGACUUAAUCAAAGACAGCUUUUACAAAUUUAUCGCUACACAAAGCUUAAUAGAGAGAGAUGGGUGUGACAAAGGAACAAGUGGAAGCUUCGUUGACUUCAAAACUCAACCCUGUUCAUUUGGAAGUCAUUGACACAUCUGGAGGCUGCGGUGCGAGUUUUGCUGUUGAGAUUGUCUCGGAAGAGUUUGAAGGGAAGAGAUUGCUUGAGAGGCACCGCAUUGUGAACGCUGCUCUUGAAGAAGAGAUGAAAGAAAUACAUGCUCUCUCUAUAAAGAAAGCUCAGACUCCACAGCAAUGGAAGCCUACUUCACAAGACUCUGCAACAAUAACUCCUACCACAGAUGCUUGAAGACAAAAGAACAAACAAACCAUAGCUUUCUUUUACUAAGAAUAAAAAGCUACUGACUUUGACAUUGUCACAAGGUAGCUAAAAAAAAAGCUUUGUAACUUUAUAAGUUAUGAAUUCGAAUACAAUACUGGUUGCUUAUCGUCUACUACAUAAUCGGAAUCCAACAUCUUAACCAUCAAA